CUAAUUAAUGUCCACUCUCACCCUCUUCCUCCUCCACUUCCAUCCCCCCAACCGACCAUGCGACGCCGCUGCCGCCGCAGCCAUACCCACAUUCCACUUUCGACUAUUAUGGUCCUCAACCUUUGAAUCCAAUCUUUCCCCCAAAAAGUUUUCUCUUUUUGGAUUUUCUCUUCUUAAUUAACAGCUGAAUCCUUCCUGCAAUCUGCAAGAGUUGAAUACUCUUUCCCUGAAAAGUUUGCUCUUUUUUCCCCUCACUCUUCUUUACAGUGGGAGCUGACAUGAAGAUUUCUUUGAAAAACACAGUCUUGUUGCUGUUCAUAUACUGCGCUGCAUCGAUCUGUGCUGCUUUUGCUUUGAAUUCCGACGGUAAAACCCUUCUCUCGCUCGCCAAGCACUGGAUCUCUAUCCCUCCCGCCAUUAACAGGAGCUGGAAUGCUUCAGACCUCACUCCUUGUUCAUGGCUGGGCUUGAAAUGUGACAGCAGAAAUCUUGUGGACACUCUAGACCUCUCUUCCCAUGGAAUCUCAGGCGAAUUAGGACCUGAAAUCUCACAUUUGAAGCAUCUGAGGUUCCUUGACCUGGGUGACAAUGAUUUUUCAGGCCCAAUCCCUUUCCAGCUAGCCAAUUGCAGUCUUCUUCAAUACAUAGAACUAUCCAACAAUGGAUUUGCAGGUAAUAUCCCCGGUACCCUUGGAGCUUUGGGUAAUUUAGGGUACCUAAGCUUGUUCUCUAAUUCUCUGAUAGGCCUGUUCCCGGAUUCUUUACUUUCCAUUCCACACUUGGAGACUCUUUAUGUGCAUGACAAUAGACUAAACGGCUCCAUUCCCUCUGGUAUUGGGAACAUGACUGAACUUAAAGUUCUUUGGCUUAGUGGCAAUCGAUUCUCAGGAUCGAUUCCAUCCUCACUGGGAAACAUUACUACACUUAGCGAACUGUAUUUGAAUGAUAACAAUCUUGUGGGGACUUUGCCUGUGAGUUUGAACAAACUUGAGCACAUUGUUUACUUUGAUGUGCGCAAUAACAGUUUAGAAGGAAGCAUUGGUUUGGACUUUGUUAGUUGCAAACAGAUAGAAACUAUCUCAUUGUCAAAUAACCGUUUCACAGGAGGACUCAUGCCCGGAUUGGGAAAUUGCAGUAACUUAAGGGAAUUCGGUGCCUUUUCUUGUGCGCUGACCGGUCCUAUACCUUCUUUCUUCGGGCAGCUCACUAACUUGGAAACUCUUUACCUUUAUGGAAACCAUUUUUCAGGAAGAAUACCACCUGAGAUAGGAAUGUGUAGUUCCUUGAUUAAUUUGCAGCUCCAUAAAAAUCAACUGGAGGGUGAAAUCCCAGUGGAAUUAGGGAAGCUAAGCAAGCUGCAAGUUCUCUAUUUGUACACCAAUAAUUUGUCUGGUGAGGUUCCAAUUGGCGUUUGGAAUAUUCAAACCCUUAAAAGUAUCCAGUUGUACCAAAACAAUCUUUCGGGUGAACUGCCCGGUGAAUUGACCGAACUCAGGCAUUUAGAGAGUAUAUCUUUAUUUGAAAAUCACUUCAGGGGAGUUAUUCCUCAACGUUUAGGGACGAAAAGCAGUUUAAAGGUUCUUGAUUUCACCAAUAACAUGUUCGCCGGUCACAUUCCACCAAACUUAUGCUUCCACAAGAAACUGAAGAGACUGAUAUUGGGUCACAACUAUCUGGAAGGCAGUGUCCCUUCUGAUUUGGGGAACUGUCCCACUUUGGAAAGGCUAAUCCUUAAACAGAAUAACCUCACAGGUUUGCUCCCAGACUUUGUCAAGCAUCAAAACCUUCUGUAUUUCGACCUCAGUGGCAAUAACAUCAUUGGACCAAUACCUCCAACCCUUGGAAACCAAAAGAACAUUACUGUCAUUAACUUGUCUUCAAAUAAUCUCUCUGGGAUUAUACCACCUGAGAUGGGGAGCAUCGUGAAGCUCCAACUUUUGAACUUUUCCCACAAUUCCCUUAACAGUGUAAUCCCAUCUGAGCUGUCAAAGUGCCAUGAACUGUCACAAAUUGAUUUGAGUCACAAUUUGUUGAAUGGCUCUAUUCCUUUCACUUUAGGGAGCUUGUCAGAACUGUCCAAAUUGAAUCUGGGUGAGAACAGAUUAUCAGGAGGUAUUCCAACCUCACUGUUUCAAUCCAAAAGUCUCUUAAAUUUGCAACUAGGUGGAAAUUCGCUAAUAGGACACAUUCCUCCGGUGGGACAAGCGCCGUUGCUAAGGACAUUAAAUCUUAGCAGUAACAAACUAAGCGGUCAACUCCCCCGGGAUCUUGGAAAACUAACAAGCCUGGAGGAAUUGGAUUUGUCUAAUAACAAUCUGUCCGGAAACUUGAAAGUUCUUUCGCCAAUCCAAUCAUUGACUUUCAUCAACAUUUCUCACAACAUGUUUUCUGGUGCCAUACCAACUUCGCUGAUAAGGUUCUUAAACACGUCUCCCACUUCAUUUUUGGGGAACGUUGGCCUUUGUAUCGACUGCCUGGAGCAUGGCUUAACUAGAAAGGGUACCCUCAGUAAUUUGGAAAUGGCGACGAUAGUUCUUGGGACAUUGUUAUUUGUGAUGUGUCUAACCAUUGUGCCCGCCUUGGUUUUUCUAUCCCACAAAAAUUCUAAACAAGAUAUUCCAGUUUAUGCUCAAGAGGGUGAUUCUUCCUUGCUGAUUAAAGUAUUGGAAACCACAGAGAAUCUGAACGAUAAGUAUAUAAUUGGGAAGGGAGCACACGGAACGAUAUACAAGGCUACAGUGGGUCCCGACAGAGUGUACGCCGUGAAGAAGCUUUUGUUUACUGGCAUACAAAACGGAAGUGUGAGCAUGGUUCGGGAAAUUCAAACGAUUGGGAAAGUCAAGCACCGGAAUCUUAUCAAGCUAGAAGACUUCUGGCUGAGAAAGGAGUACGGGUUGAUUCUAUACGCUUACAUGGAAAAUGGUAGUCUUCAUGAUGUGCUCCAUGAGAGAAGUCCACCCCAGACAUUAGAGUGGGGAAAACGUUAUAAGAUAGCAGUAGGAAUUGCUCAAGGACUUGCAUAUCUUCAUUUUGACUGCGAUCCUCCCAUUGUGCAUCGAGAUAUCAAGCCCAUGAAUAUACUGUUGGAUUCUGAUCUUGAGCCUCAUAUUUCAGAUUUUGGCAUUGCCAAGCUUCUGGAUCAGUCCACUGCUUCAGUACCAUCCAAAACCAUUCAAGGGACACUCGGCUAUAUGGCUCCAGAAAAUGCAUUCACAACUGUGAAGAGCAGAGAAGCGGACGUCUACAGCUACGGGGUUGUUCUAUUGGAAUUAAUAACUCGUAAGAAGGCCUUGGAUCCUUGCUUCCAUGGAGAAACAGACAUUGUUGGUUGGGUCAGAUCUGUUUGGAGUGAAAGGGAAGAUAUUCGGGAGAUAGUUGAUCAGAGACUGAGGGAUGAACUGAUAGAUUCGAGUGCCAUGGAACAAGUGACUGAAGUGCUUUUGCUGGGAUUGAGGUGUGCAGAGAAGGACAGGAAGAGAAGACCAACAAUGAGAGAUGUAGUGAAGCUACUAACUCGCUCCUACUCUGCUCGGUCUAAGGCUAUGCUUGACUCAAGUCACCCAACCCAUCCCUAACGACUAGUCGACUACUUGAUGGAUUAGAAGGUAUUGUCUUCACUAGUAGCUAUUAGUUUGAUCUAUUUCAGGUUGCUGAAAAUGAUGUAUGGAUCUUAAAAGACAUGCUUUGAUGUGCAAUAGAGAUUUUUAGUAAAUGGUCUAAGUCUAA